GUGGCAGAGCUCUCCUCUGCUCUCUCUCUGGGAAUUCAUGAAUCUGGGGCAGGAGAAUUUCUUCCAGUAUUUCCAGGAAGACGAAGAGAAUCCCACCACCAUCCCUGACCUCUCUGUCCCUUCUACCACUACUACUACAACUCCAUUUGACGAUUUCACCCUUCAUUCCCACACCUCGCCGCCUUCGGUAGAGCAGCACUGCCAAAAUGGGUUCAAGCCUUGGAAGUGGAAAAGUCCCUUGAGUCCAAUUCCUAAGCGAAAAAAUGCUGGGGAUCCCCUGAAGCAUCGAGGCUAUAAGCGCAAGAUGACAAAGUCCAACUAUCAUGAAAAGUCUUCUGUCAGAAACCAACUGCAAGAUAUCCUGGCAAAUCUAGGACCUGAGUGCCCCUUCUUUUUGAAGUCUAUGAUACAUUGUAAUGUUGUACAUGGCUUUAGUUUGACGUUGCCAAAGCAAUUCUGCUAUUUGUAUUUGCCAUUCCAUGAUACAACUAUAACCUUGGAAGAUGAAAGAGGUGAAGAAUAUAGAACAGUAUAUCUUGGGGACAAGAGGAGAUUGAGUGGUGGGUGGAGAGCGUUUUGUGUCGCAAUGAACUUGGUUCUUGGUGACCUUUUAGUUUUCCAUUUGGUCGGUCCUUUGAAGUUUAAGGUGUACAAAGUGGAACCGGAUAAUUUAAAUGAAGUGGAUGCAGCUUUUAUCCUCUUGAAAUUGAGUCUCUCCACACUAUUUGAAGAGUACCAUCCAACGUCUCCUCCAAAAGAUAUUUGCCAAGAAAAUAUUCGAACGACAAGUCUGGAAAUAGAUGCCAUUUUUUUGAGCGUGUAGAUGAUGAUCAGUCCGAGGAUUACAUGAUAAUCAUUUUGGCUCUGAGCUACUAUUUCAUCCAGGACUUUUUACUUGAAGAUUUUCCAAGUAAUCGAGAAUGUCGCCAGCAAUUUGAUGAUGAGAUUAGGA